CUAUCCCACGCUUCCAAACCAUGAAGUUUCUUCGGCAGCACUUCAAGACCCAUUAUAUAUUGGACCUCCCUCAGUCGACAUUUACAAAGGUACAAAAUGGAGAGAUUUGUCAAGAUGAACAAGAGCGACCUCUCCACCGGUGACUAGGUCGUCAUCCAAUCUCCAAUCUUAUAUGAACAAGAGCGACCUUUCGGCAAAACAUGGAUCUCUGGUUCCUCAUCCUCGUCGCCCUCUCCGUCGCCGCCCUCGUCCGAGCCACCGUCAACCUCCUCUCUCCCGCCGCCGACAAGAAGAGCCUCCCGCCGGGCCCCCUCACCUUCCCGGUCGUCGGCAACUUGCUAUGGCUCCGCAAGUCCUCCUCGGAGCUCGAGCCCGUCCUCCGCUCCCUCCACGCCCGCCACGGCCCCAUGGUCACCCUCCACAUCGGCUCCCACCCCGCCGUCUUCGUCUCCUCCCGGGCACUCGCCCACCAGGCCCUCGUCCACCGCGGCGCCGUCUUCGCCGACCGCCCGCCGCCCCUGCCCAUCCGCCGCAUCCUCACCUCCAACCAGCACAUCAUCAGCUCCGCCUCCUAUGGCCCCACCUGGCGCCUACUCCGCCGGAACCUCACGGCGGAGAUCCUCCAUCCCUCACGCGUCCGGUCCUACUCCGGCGCCCGCGCGUGGGUCCUCGACAUCCUCGUGGCGGAGCUCAAGUCCCAGCCUGGUGGCGUCGUCCGCGUUGUCGACCACUUCCAGUACGCCAUGUUCUGCUUGCUGGUCCUCAUGUGCUUCGGAGACAGGCUCGAGGAGCAGCAGAUUAAGCAGAUCGAGGGGGUUCAGCGACGGUUGAUUCUGGGUGCGCGGCGGUUCAACGUGCUCAAUUUCUGGCCGCGGCUGACCAAGCUCGUGCUCCGGAAGCGGUGGAAGGAGUUCUACGAGCUCCACGAGAAUCGGAAGCGCGUCCUCGUCCCGCUCAUCAGAGCUCGAUCCAAGCCCAAGCGAGAGCAGCUGAGCAAAGCCAAGGAGGACGGGAAUGACGGCGACGGCGAUUGGAUCUUAUCGUACGUGGACACGCUCCUGGACCUGGAGCUGCCGGAGGAGAAGAGGAAGCUGGAGGAGGACGAGAUAGUGAGCCUCUGCAAUGAGUUCCUCAACGCCGGUACCGACACGACGUCCACGGCGCUGCAGUGGAUCAUGGCCAACUUGGUCAAGUACCCAGAAAUCCAACAGAGGCUCUACGAUGAUAUCAAAUCAGUCGUGGGACACGGGGUGGAGCGAGUGAAGGAGGAGGACCUGCAGAGGAUGGGUUACCUGAAGGCGGUGGUGCUGGAGGGGCUGCGCCGCCACCCGCCGGCGCACUUCGUGGUGCCGCACGCUGUGACGGAGGACACGGGGCUGGGCGGGUACGUGAUCCCCAAGGACGGGAGCAUCAACUUCAUGGUGGCGGAGAUGGGUUGGGACCCGGAAGUCUGGGAGGACCCGAUGGCGUUCAAGCCCGAGAGGUUCUUGAACUGCGAAGAAGAAGCCGGGGGGUUCGACAUCACGGGGAGCAGGGAGAUCAAGAUGAUGCCGUUUGGGGUGGGGAGGAGGAUCUGUCCCGGAUACGGGCUUGCGAUGCUGCACUUGGAGUACUUCGUGGCGAACUUGGUGUGGCUGUUCCAGUGGAGGUCGGUGGCGGGCGAAGAGGUGGACCUGUCGGAAAAGCAGGAGUUCACCAUAGUGAUGAAGAACCCUUUGAGGGCUCAGAUUUGUCCCAGGAAUUCUGGCACCUGAAAUUUGGGAACAUGUAUCUAUGUACACUGUUGCCUUCUCAAUAAAAUUUCCAUUAAUGAACACUCUUCUUCUGCUC